UCAUAAGAAAAACGGAGGAGGAACAGGUGAGCUGUUACGCAAAUAACCAUAAAAAUAUUACAUUAAGUGUUUUUAAAACAAAAAGCUAUAGUUUUCUUAAAUCUAUCAUCAAACUAUGUGUCCCACAUUAUUUUUAUCUUUAUCCACUUAAGAACUAUCAAAAUACUAAUAUAUUUUUAAUUUGUUUAAUUAUUUACAUCGUGACAGGCUUUUGUUAAAUUUCAAACUUUAAUUGUUUUGUGCACAAUUAAAGGAAAACAAAAUAAGGUACAUCAAAGUAAGGACGCUUUUAUGAGUUUCGCACAAAAUCUCUACCAUUGUUUACAAAUGCAUACUUCAUGUUAAAAUUACAAGUAAAACGGAUACUUACUUAAGUAAUAAUGGAGUACGAUUUCACUGUUUUUCAGGUUGAGCAGAAGACAGAUAUACCUAUCUUUGGGGUUAGUUACAAGUUUAAGUAUUAUUUACCUGCGAACAUACUUAUCCACUCGCACUGGUUUACAAGCUGAAACACCUUUUAAGAUGGCCCCGUAUCCGUCGCCGGUAGUGCGGGCAGACAGACAGACGAAUCGAAACCAGUUAAAAUCGCUUGAUGUAUAUAAAGAUCCAAUGGAAAUUUACAAAUCGGGCGUAAGAUGCAAUGAUAGUUUGUUAGCUGCUGAAGCCACACGUUCUGCUAUUUAUAUACAAGGUAGAAGUUCGGUCGUUCUCGGAGAGUAUUUUUGCUUUUCUGUUGUACUGUACAAUGGAUAUGGCAAUCCCAAAGUCAUAGGAGGCGAUCAUUUACGAGCAAGACUAUUCAACGAGCGCCUAAAAGCAUACACACCUGGUACUAUUUUAGACCAUGGAAAUGGCACAUACACUGCAACAGUUCAAGCUUUAUGGACUGGGCAAGCCCAGUUACAAGUGGAAGUGUUGUAUACAAAAGAAAUCAUGACCACUGCUGUUCGUUUAAGGAGUACAUGGGACUUUGACGGUAUAAAAGCAAUAUAUAUGAACAAGAACCUCUCUGACAGUACAGCAUGUGGUCCGGACUAUAAAACAGUUCUAAGACAUUCUAAAAUAUCCAAAGUAUGCGAUUUUUCAUACUGGAACAAAACACAACCAUGGUUUUGUGGGAAACCUAAAGGGAAACUUUCAUGUAAACAUUGGAUAACAAUCACUCGAGACUGGGCAAAUUUCACCAAAGGAAUCAGCCUGUGUGAAGAAGAAUUGUGCAAAAGUGAUCGUACCACGACCAUACCGUCGCACAUAAUUGUACAAACACUGCCAAGAACGGAUAAUAAAAACAAAACUACAUUUCAAGAAGCAAAUAUCCCUUGUUCUGUUUAUAACAAUACUAAAUUAUGGUUCAAAGAAGAGCCUACAGGAUAUUUCUACAACGACAGGUGGAUUCUUUUACAUUGUAAAGGUAUUGAACACUUUGAUGGACAAUGCUUAAAGAAUAAAACCAUUGUGUUUUGGGGAGACUCUACUCUCUUUCAGUGGUGUACAUAUUUAAUGGAGAAACUCUGUCCUGGCGGUAAAUACGCUUUCUCCGGAUGGAGUAAACUAAAGACGUGCACCAUCUGUAAAUACAACAUAACAAUAUGUUUUCUCGGACAUAAUAUUCCAGUAUUUCAAUUCUGGAAGGAAGAUUUGCAUAGCUUUUUUAUAAACAAUUCCUUUGAAGAUUUCAUCAAUGCAAGAUCAGGCAAAGGAAAAGAUCUCCUGCUAGUGCUUCAUUUGUAUCUUCAUAUCCAGCAGUAUAAUUUUGAUUAUUAUGCUGCACAUAUUUUGGAAUUAAGAAGAAGUUUAGUGCGGAUAUUUGAAACGAAACCCAAUAUCAAAGUGUUUAUUAAAUUACCACAUACACAUCGAAGAAUGGAUGUUGGAGAGUGGCAACUCAGAGUAAAUGAUUAUAUUGGAUUAGUUUACUCCAAUAUUUUGCGCCAAGCUUUUAAAGGGCUUUAUAAUAAAGUAACUGUUCUAGACCAGAUGGAUGCAACCGUUGCUAAACGUAGCUUGGAUAUACAUCCAUCAAGAGCGUUAGUUGGCGAAAUGGUUAAUCAAUUUUUAAGUUAUGUAUGUAUUUGCUAAUAAUAAAAAAUGAUACACAAAAUGUUUAUUAAUUCUAAUUAUCCAAGAGGAUAAUUCAUACCAAACUAUAUUCUUAUAUCACCUCAUCAAAGAGAACGUUGUCGCAAUUGUAUUUUCGGUGCUUUUUCUUAUAAUUAUUAGUAAUCUAAUAAUAUACAAACACUAGGUCAUACAGUCACGAAUAAAGUAUUGCAUGAAUGGUCAGAAAUUCACAACUGUUCAUGUGAAAGAGACGCUUUUAGGCGUGCAUUUCAUCAUGAAUAUCGGGAAAAAAGUGAUCCAUCGGAAGUAUAAAUAACAGCAAAAUUACAUGAAAAUAAAACAAUGUGGGCAAGGUAUAUAUAUUUUCCCUAUGAGUUUUAAGAGUGUACAAAACACCACAUAAUAAUUUGUCACAGUG